GUUCUUAAUUCAGUUCUGCGCCAUACGGCAAUGGCAUGCGACGUUCGAUUUGUCGAUGUUCCCUAUUCUAAAGUAACGUCAAAACUUCUCACCAGUGUAAUUGUGAAAAAAGUGUUCAAAGAAUUACAUUUAUUUGAAGAAAAAAAAAAGUUCUUAAAUAGAAAUUUUCAACAUUAAAUUCCAAUAAUCCUGGAGACGAUCAUCCAGGAUCUUAAAAGUGCACCAAUAUGGCGUCAACUGAUCUAUCGUCAGGUUCGAUACCAGCAUUCUAUCGAGAGGUUCACCAAAAAAUCUGUUCGCCAACAAGUGGAAAUGUUGAGAAGGAAGUGUUUAAAUCGCUUCUUGUCAAAUCGCAAUUAAGCAGCUCGAUUCUUAGUCAGAUUUGGGAACUGGUUGACAGCAAAACUGGAUAUUUGACACGAAGUGGAUUGUACAAAGGUCUGGCUUUAGUUGGAUUUGCUCAACAAGGAAAACAACCAAGCGAUAAACUUUUGGAAAAUACCGAAGCGCAAGAAUUACCUGUGCCAACCCUGGGCGAUUUGUCCGAAGUGACUCUUUUGGCCCAACGAUUACACAGAGGAUACAAUCCAUCGAAACUAAACCUCACAUACACUGAUAUUUGUAAUAUAGACACAAUAGAAGUUAACCUGGUACCAGAGAAGAAAGGAAUAUUUCUAAAACACGUGGAAUAUCAAGUGAUAAGCAAGAGAUUCAAUUCCAUGGUCUAUAGGAGAUACAACGACUUCGUCUCUUUACACGAACUACUUUUGACCAGAUUUCCCUACCGAUUAAUACCAAAACUGCCUCCAAAGAAAAUCGUCGGUGCUGAUUCUCAAUUUUUGGAAGAACGAAGAAGAUCGCUAUUGAGAUUUCUCACUUUGAUUGCACGACAUCCAGUUGUGAAUAAGGAUCCAAUUGUACAAUUUUUUUUCACCUACACUGGCGAGGAGACGCAACAUAAAAUUCGAGAAGUCUUUCGAAGAGUACCUGAUGAAUUUGCCACAUCGGAAUUAUCGUCAAGAGCAAAAGAACUCGUUCCACCUGAGGCACUCACUGAAUUCGCCAAUAGCAGGGAUCAAAUACGUGUGAUACUCUUGGGAAUAUCGAGAUUAAAAACCAUCGCCGACUGUUUAGCUAUUAGAUCGCAUAGUUAUGCUGUCGACAUGGUGGAAAUGGGAACGCAAUUAAAUAAUUUAGCUUCGCAAUCUCAUGAGACGAGUUCAUGGUCCACGGGCGGUUUGACAAUUUGGGAGGAUAUGAAGAAAGGUUUCCACACAAUAUCAAAAGAAAUUAAUUUACUGUCGACGAGAGCAUUACAACAAGCGGUGAGAGAAGAAACUGUCGUAUGCGAGCGUUUGAAUGUAUUAUUGGACAUUCUUAUAGCUCAUAGAAGUUUAUGUGAAAGACAUGAGAGAGGAGUUAGUGCCGAUCAUCAACGAGCAUUAUCGACGAUGUUAUCUUUGAAGAAACGACAAAUGCAGGGAGUCAUUCGGGGAACUGACGCCGACACUGUAGAAUAUUUAGAAAAUAAAAUGGUGGCUCAAGAAUCAGUAAUAGCCAAUGUUGAAUUAAGAAAUUUAUUCUCCCUACACUGUCUUCAUAUGGAAACACAAUUGGUUCAUGCACAUUUGGAAAUUCUCGCAACCGUUUUACAAAGUCUCGUGAGCGUUCAAAUUCGAGGGCACUCGGAGUUGGCGGAAGUCUGGAAAUCUAUAGAGCCUACAAUAACAAAAUGUUUGCCAGAGAAAUCGACAGAUGGUUCAAAUGGAUUCUCAUAGCAAAACAGAAAAUUAUGUUCAUGCGGAUUAAAGCGAAAUUUCGAACGAUUUAUGCGAGGAGAGAAUGAAGACUAUGUUAUGAAAAGCUUUCAUCAUACGUUGUUUUGAAAAUUAUUGAAAAAGGAGGAUAUUGAACUCGAUAUAUUAAAAUUAGUUAAUUGCGUUUCAAAAAAAAUGUAAUAUAUAGAGAAUUAUUGUUAUUAGUGCAAUAUAAAUUUUAUACUAUUCAUACUCAAGAAAACAUUCCUUCUUUGUACUUAAAUACAAUUUAUUUGUUAAAUUUGUAAAUGUUUUAUUAUAAAUAUCGCGACACUUGUAGAAAUUUUUUUUUUAGAUAUGUACAUAUCUAUGCAUUUAUAUAGAUAUAUAAAACGA